AUGCCAAAGGCGCAGGUGCCGAAGUAUACGUGGGAAGAAAUCCGCAAACAUAACAAGGACACGGACUGCUGGGUCGUGCUGUACGACCGUGUCUUGGAUGUCACGAAGUUUUUGUCCGAACACCCUGGCGGGCUGGAUCCCAUCAAUGACCUCGGAGGGUUCGACGUCACAAACUCGUUUGAAAGCAUCGGACACUCGUCGAAGGCGCUCUCGCUUUCAAAGGAAUUUAUUGUCGGUGACCUGCAUCCGGACUCCAAGCCCCCUGUUGUGCAGCGGAAGCCGCUUCGGGAUGAGGUGCCGCUUGGGAAGUACAAGGCAGGAGGUGAUAUGAUCCCCUUGUCCUACAUUGUGGCCGCCGUUGUGGCACUGCUGCUGCUUCUUUGGUACAUGCUGAAGCCGUAG